AUGAGCAAACAAUGUCACGACAAUGCCUCAAAUAUACGCGAUAGUAUCGUGUGUUAUGAUGAAUACAAUAAUGAAGAUUUGUUGCACCUAAACAAAAAAAUAAAAAUAAAUAAAAAUGAUUUUUAUAAAAAUCCAAAAAAUGGGUAUAAAGAGCAUAAUUGUUAUGAACCGCUAAAUUCGUAUGAUAUAUUUCCUCAUGGAGGUUUAUAUUAUUACGAUAUAAUUAUUAAAGACAUUUUAAAAUAUGGAUUUAGUAAUAACAAUGCAGCAUUAAAAUAUAAAAAAAUAAAUGAAAAUUGUGAUAAUGAAAGUUAUGUUUAUUUGGGUGCGGGGGUGUUAAAGAAAGAGCAAAAAAAUAAAAAACAUAGAGACAAAAAUAAAAUGGUUUUCAUAUUUUUUGUCAACGAAGUAUUGUUAAAACGUUUAAGAAGUAAAGAGAAAAAACAUAUCAAAUGGAAAGAAAGAGAAAGGCAUAAAAAAAAAAUAAAAAAAACAGAAAAUUUCCCAAGUACAUGCUCCCCAGAAAAUAAUGAAAAUAGUAAUAUUAAAAAUGAUCAAUCUCACAAUAUUCCUAAUGGUGAUAUAAUAUACAAUUCACCACCCGUAAAAGAAGACGACGCAAAAUAUCAAGAUAAAAAUAGGGAUGGCAUUUUCAUAAAACGGAAAAGAAGAAAAAGGUCCAAUAAUAGAUUAAAUGAUAUUAAUUAUAUAUUAAAUGAAAAAAUUAGAAAUAAAAAUAUGUUUGUAAAAACAAAAGGGUCUUUAUUUUAUGAGUAUUCAUAUUUAAAUGAAGCUGGAGUAUGUACAGAUGUAAAUAGAAAUCAAAAAUCAAUAAAUUUUGAAUCGUUUUAUAAUGAUCCUGAGAAGAUCGAUGGGAAUACUACCACAUUAACUACGGGUGAAUAUUGCAAAAAGAAUAACACACCGGAAGGAUGUGCCGAUUAUAGUGAUAUAAAUGAUUGUAACGGUAGCAGUGAUAGUAGCGACUGUGAUGAUAGCAGUUAUUCCAGCGAUUGUAGCGACGAAAGCAGUUUUUAUGACGACCUCAUGGAGGGAGGAGGGGAAAAUAGUACACCCAAUGUAUACACCGACAAAAAUAAUAUAUUCCUAUUAAAUAUUUUGCAUCAUCAAAAUAGAGUAUAUUCCGUUAAAUGGAAAGAAGGAAUAAGUGAAAAUGUUUCGAUCUUAGUUUCUAUAUGUUAUGAUGGAUAUAUGUAUAUAUGGAAAGAACAAACAAAUUGUGAAAAUAAAAUAACCUUUGUUUCUAUUUGUAGAAUAUAUAUCCUAUACUUUGAAAAAAUGGUGAGUAAUAUUAAAUGGUGUUGGGUAAAAAAAGAAAAUGAAUCUGAUUAUUAUAAUUUUAUUAUGAGCAACGUUACCACAUCUAAUGGAAAUAGUUCUAACAAAAUGAGUAUAGCAAAAAAUGAAUAUUUGAUAGUAUAUGGUUGUAAAAAUAAAUUAUUUAAGCGAAGAAAUAUGGACAUUACUUCCUAUAAAAUGAAAAAUAAAAUAAAAAAUUGUAUAUAUUAUAACGAAUUUGAAAAUACAAGUGAUGAAAAAGAUUUUAUGAUAUUUUCAGUAUAUGCAAUAUUCAAUAUAUAUAAUAAUAAUAUAUAUAUAAAAAAUAUAUUAAACUAUGAAAAUGUUCCAAUAAAUAUAAAUUUUAAUUAUAUUAUAAAUGCUAAGAUUGAAUAUAGCCUAUUGAGCACUUCACUAAUUUCGAUAUACACUGAUGAUACUUAUAUUCCUAAUAAUGAAUAUAAUAUAAAAUAUGGUGAAUGGAAAAUAAAGCGAGUUUGUGAUUAUUUAAAUAAUUUCUUACUAAAUAAAAAUAAUUCUAGAAAUUAUCUUAACCAGUUAAAAAAAUCAUAUAUUUCAAAUUUUAUAAGCUUGUCUAGCUGUAGUGACUCAUCUUGUUCGUCAUUCGAUAAAGAUUAUAAUGAUGAACAAAACUCUCGAACAAAUUCAAGAUAUAGUAUACAUAAUCUUAACAAUAGUUCAAAUAAACGAAGAAGCAGAAACAUCAAUUAUGAAAGUAAUACUAGUAGUACUAGAACUUCUGAAAAAAUAAAAGAAAGGAAUUUUAUAUUUUUACAAAAACUUUUAAAUGUAGUAAACAAUUUAAUGCCUCCAUUUUCAUUAAAAAUAUCAACAAAAAAUUCGGAUUUUUAUAAAAUUAUUAUUAAACCAAAUGAUAUAUGGAUAAAAAAAAAGAAAAGUAUAGGUGUUCGAUAUAUACUUGAUUACAAAAAUUAUGAAUGUUCCAAGAGGUAUGCAAAUAAAUAUCAUUUUUUGAGCAAAGGGGGAAAAAAAAACAUGAACUCACAACUUUUUUAUAAUAUUGAUUUUAAUAAUAAUCAAAAUGUUCUUAUCAUGGUAAAUAAAUUAAAUAGUAAAUUAUAUCUUUAUGAUUUCUCAGCUUGCAUAAAAUUAAAACAUUGCACAAAUUUUGAUGCAUACCCUGAUCAGGAGAUACAAAAUAUAAAAAUAGAUGAAGGAAUUGAAAAUGAUAAAUUUACUGAUAUGAAUAUAAAUAGUUACAUAAACAAUCAAGAUGUAUCAAGCAACAUUGUAAGCGACAUCAAACAUGAACAUAAUAACGAUGAGCAAAAACCAAAACGAAAAACAACAAAAAAGUUUUCUCUUAUAUGUUGCCUAAACAGCAUAUACAUAGACAAAUAUUAUAUUUUAAAAUACAAAAUUUACAAUUUUUUAAAAUUGAAAACGCAUUUUAUUUACAGCUAUUCAAAUAAAAUUUGUAAUUAUUAUGAGCAUCUCAAGGCAAAUAAAAAAAAUACAAUUUCAGCAAAAGAAUUUUUAGAGCAAAAAAAGCUUAUUCCUUUAGUAUAUAAAAGUAAAAUGAUAGAAAAUUUUGAUUCCUUUUUUUUAUUAAUGUGUAUUGAUAAAAAUCGUGAAAAUAUAUUUGUGUUAAAGUCAGAAAAAACUAAAAUUGUUCAGAAUUUAAAAAUGAUAUGCAUAUUUGAUGAAAAUAAAUGUGAUGGUGAUAAUACCAUGGAAAACAAUAAAUAUUUAAAUAAAGUUAAACAAGAUAUAGCGCAAGUAGAAAACGGUAGUUUUAAAAUUACAGAUUAUAUAAUAAAAGAUUUUCAUCUAGCUAGUAAAAAUGAUGAGAAAGAAAUUUUAUUAACCAUUAAAUAUACAUACACCACAAAUGAUUAUAACCAUGGUGAUAAUAAAAAAAAAAGAAAAAAAAACGCUUAUUUGCUUAUAAUAUCAACAUUACAAAUUUGUAAGGAAAAUUUUAUUUAUAUCAACCUCAAAUUAAAAAAUAUGUUCACAUUUUUUAGUCCAAUAAAUGCUAAUUUUUUAUUCUCCUAUUUCUACCUAUCCUACCAAAAUGUAUAUAUCAUUGCCACAAACCAUACGGAGGCAUCACAUACAUAUAGCCAUGAUAGUGUGCAAAAUGAUGGUGAUAAUAAAACCCUUGACAAUCAAAGGAAUAACUAUUUCACUGGCUAUUAUGGAAAUAACGACGAGAUAACUAAUAAAAAAAAAUAUAGCACAUUAAAUAGUAACAUUGAUAACUCUGAAAAUGUAAACAAAAAUCGUAGCAGUAUUUUCUAUGAAAAUGAUUAUGAUAUAUUUAAAAGUGGCGAGGAAAACUCACUUUUUUCAUUUGAAAGGAGGAAAAUGAAAAUUAUAAAAAAUGGACAUACCGUUUUAGUUAAUUUUGAUGAUAAUUUUGAGGAGGAACAUAGUGAGAAUAAAAAAAAACAACAAACAGAAAACAAUGAUCAUGUAAACUACAAGACAAAUACAAAAUUUCAAAACAAAAAGCAUGUUGUUAAUUUCUAUCUUAUAUAUCCAAAUAGUGAGUUAAUUAUUAACUUUUUUCAAAUUAAAAAUAUAGCCAAUAUUGUGCAAAUUUGUUUAUACGAUAAUUUCGUUUCACUCAUUACACACAAUAAAUUGCAUAUUUUUAAUUUCAAUAACAUUUGUAACAAUUUGAUUAGUGAAGAAGUAAGUUUUUGUGGAUCAGCCAAUUCUAAUAAGAGAAAGGGAAUUGAUAUGGUAUCUCUUUCAUUUCCUAAAAUAUUGCGAAAUAAAAUAAAAAGUAAAAUAUUUAUGACUUGUUCAGGUGGAAAGGAUGUAUAUUUUAUUGUAGCUAGCUUUUUAGUAAAUAUAAAAAAAAUAAAUAAGCGUAUUAAUAAUACCUCUUUGCACACACAAAAAAUAGAAGAAAAAGGAAAUUAUUAUUAUGCGUCAGUAAUUUUAUUUAAUAAUAUUAUGAAUAAGAACAAAUGGAAUAUUUUAAAAUAUAAAAAUAGUUAUCUUAUUUUUUCAAGGAAUAUAUAUUUUUUGGAAAAUAAUUUGCUUUUUUUGAAAAAACUGUGUUUUGAAUAUGAGCAGACAAUAGUUAAUCAAGGACGAUUGGUUGAAGAUGAAAUAGAAAAGGAAGCAAUAGAAAGUUCAAAAGAUAAAAAAAUAAAUGAAAAAUCGAAACUUCAUUUUUUUGUAGAUAACAAUGAAAAUAGUCACAUAAAUAGCCAUGGUAAUUCACUAUCAUUCCAAAAAAUAAACUUGUUUAGAAAUUUUAAAAAAUACACAAAUAGUAAAAUGAAUUCACAAUUAAAACGAAGAAAACCUAAAACAGAUAAAUCAUAUAGGAUAUUUUAUCAUCCAAUAAAAUUAUUGAAUUAUAUAAAGAUGGGUUUAUUUUCACAUGUAAAUGUCGCAUUAAAAUUAUUAUUAUAUAUAUUGCUAAAUAAAUUAUUUAAGAAUAAAAACAAGUAUCAUAUAAAAAAAUCAUGUGCUCUACAUUAUAUAUUUGACGAAAAAAAAAAAAUGGAAAUGUAUACAAAUAUGUAUGGAGAUAUAGCAUGUGUAAAAAAAUGCCAAUUUUUGUUUGAUUUAAAUGUCAUUAAUACAGAAAUUGAGAAACUUUAUAAAAAUAAUGAAAAAAAUGCUUCAUGCAUUUCAAUGGGAGAAGUGGAUAUCGAUGAAAACAAGUUAGUGAAAGAAAAUGAUAAAACAAAAAAAGAGGAUAAUGAUAAAGAUAAAUCAAUAUUUUUUUGGGACAAUGAUGAAGUUUCGCUAGACGAUUUUAAUUUAUAUUCAGAUGACGAUUCAGAAAAGGAAAAAAAGAAAAACUCAGAGGAAUCUAACAAUGAAGAUGAUUCUUCAUCCUCGAAAAAUAAAAAAACUAAUUUAAAAAAAAAAGAUGAUAACACAUUUAGCAGUGACGAAUGGGAAGAUGAUGAAGAAACAAAAAAUGAAUUUUCAAAAAAAGGACACGAAGAAUAUGAAAAAGAAGAAAAAGAAUUUAAAAAUUAUUUAAAAUGUUCAAAUGUACUAAAUUUGCAAUUAAAAAUUGAAGAAAUCAAAAUGCUUCAAAUUUUGAUACUUCAUAUGAAUAUUCCACAUUUAAAUGACUUUUUCCAAUUGUUACUUUUUUGCAUACUAAACAGUUUUUACUAUGACUUAGAGGAUGAAAGCAAACCAAGAGAUGACAAUGAUUACAAUAAUAGUGAUUAUGAUAAUAGUGACAUAGAUAGUGAUAACGACAAUAGUCAAGCUUCUUAUAAAUCUGACAAAAAAAAUAAAUCACAGUGCCAUUGUGAGAUGUUUAAUUUUAAUAUAAAAAAAGAAAUAAUUAAAACUGAACAUUUUCAUAUAUUUAACUAUAUAAAUGAUAAUAAGGAAAUUGAUAUUUCCUCAUCCCUUGAUAAUUUUGCUCAAGUUGCAUCCUUUUUUUCCCGUUUAUAUAUUAAUUGCUAUUUUUUACUUAACAUAAAAAUAGAUAUGCAUUAUUCAUAUUGCUAUUUUCUUUAUUUUAUAAAUCAAAUGGUAGGAAAAAAUAUAUACAAAUAUUUGGAAAGUUUUAUAGCCAAUUAUAAAUGUUUUUUUAUUAUGAAUGUCACAAAAAAAGAUCUUUUGAGUCUCGAUUUAUUUAAUCCAGUUUCUAUUUCGGAAGAAAUAAAUCGAAGAAUGGAAGAAACAAAAAGGAAAAUAAAAGAAAAUAACAGAUAUUAUAGUCAUAUGAUACAUAGGCGAAAUGUAAUAAAUGAUUCGAAGCAACGGGGCAAGAUGCAAUUAUGUAUUGAUAUACAUAAUGAGCUAGAAGAUAAUAUUGAUAAUAAUUUAAUAAAAAAAGUGAAAGUAAAAAAGAAUGUUGAGAAGCGUAUCAGCUUUAAGACUAAUGACAUAAACGAUGAAGAAAGUCGAGGGAAUUCGAAGGUUUUCGAGGUAAAUUUGAGCAAUAUUGAGAUAGCGAAAAAAGAAUUUUUUGAAUUAGAGACAGAUAACAUAUUAAAAUAUAGCUUAUUUAAUUUAUUUAAAGAUAUGAACAUAUUUUAUUAUAUGCAUAAUAAGGAAAUGCUAUUUUAUAUACAUGAUGUAUUAGUAAAUAGAACGAUAAAAAAAAUUAAUACAAUAAAUGUAGAUGAUAAAGAAAAGAAUAAUGAAUUUAAUGAAUGUAUGGAUUUUUUAGCAUUAUUAUAUUUAGCAAAAAAUGAAAAACAAAAAUUAAUGGUAUUUUACAAAAUAAAAAAACAAAAUAAAAUAUAUGACUUUUUAUCUAACGAUUUUAAAAUACAAAAAUGGAUUAAUGCGUUAUUAAAUAAUGCAUAUAAACUAAUGCAAAUAAAAAGAUAUUAUUUGGCUAUAGCAUUUUUUAUAUUAUUGGGAGAUGUGAAAGAUAUUGUAGAUGUAAUUCACCAAUAUUUACGUGAUACACAAUUAGCAAUUUUUAUUAUAAGAUUGAUAUAUUUUUCAUAUUGUGAAACCGAUGAAAUAUAUAAUAAAGCAAUUGGAUAUGUUAGUAAUGAAAAUGAAAUGUUUAAAUAUAAUCCCAUUCUUGCAAAAAAUACAGGUUCUCAAUCUAAUGAACAAGUUGCAUCUUUGAGUUUACAACAAAGUGAAGAUCAUGAAAAUAGUGAUAUAAGUAGUAAUGUCAGUUUAAGGAGUAUUAGUAUAGCAAAUGAAAGUAUAUCUAAUUUUGGUGGUUCUAUACAAGAUGUAAAAAAUACAGAUAUACUUUCAAAUGGAAAAGAGAAUAAUAAUAAAACGGUUAAGGAUAGUGAAACUUUUGAAAACAGCAUAGCCAAUUUUCUCCCCAAAUAUUUAAAUUAUAUAUUUGAAGUCAAAUUAUCUAGGGAAAAAAAAAGUGAUUCCGAUUUGCAUGGGUAUAGUAGCAUAGAUAGUGAAAGUAGUAGUGUUUAUAAAAAUGAUUAUUACUAUGAAUUGAAUAAAAACAAAAGUUUUAUUAAUAAACAUAUUUAUUUUAAUAUUAUUAAGUUUAUUAUUUUGGAGAAAUAUGAGGAUGCAUAUUCAGAGUGUGAGAAAAGAAAAACAAAUGAUUUUUUUCAUAUUUUGAUAAAAAAUGUUAUAAAAAACAAACUAUUUAAGAAGGAUAUUGAAAGUAGUGAUAAAUUGAGUCAAAAUGUUAAUAAUAAAAAUUCGAGUAGUGUUACAAACAAUUUUAAUGCUAAACUUGACCUUGCUGAAUUUUAUUUUUGUUCUCAAGAUUUUUUAAAAAAAAAUAUGUACAAUUUAUCUUUUAUCUUUUAUUUUGUUUUUUUUUACAAUACAAUGAAAGAUGAGGCCCAAUUAUGGAAUAUUCCCAAUGAGACAAAAACAGAACAUUUAAUAAGUUCAAAUAGUUUAUUUCAAUUUUGCAAACAAUAUAAUCCUAUGUUUGUUAUAUUAUUUGAGAUAUAUAUAGAGAGUUAUAUUAUUAAAAACCGAAAUAUAUUUUCAAUGUUAUUUUUUUCAACUAUUUAUAAGCAAAUGUGUUAUAAUAUUUUAUUGUAUAAUAAUUUUGAGCAAAAUGCGAAAAAAGAAAUAUGUGAUGACGGGACGGAUAAUACAUGUGUUAAUUUCCUGUCUCAUAUCAAAUUAUUAUCAAAGUUAAUAUAUUCUAUAUCAUUUAGAAUAUAUAAUAGUAAGGUUCAAAAUGAAGAUUAUGUAAGUAGUGCUCAUCAAAGUGGUGGGAUAUAUAAUAGUGAAGAGAAUGUUGCAUAUGAUGGUUGUUUUUUUAUAAAUUCCAACCCAUCUAAUUGUAACAGCAACUUUAAAUUUAAGGGUAUCUCGGAAAUGCACCGACAUCCUUCAUUCAAUGCACUACUAAAUAAUGAAGAUGUAAAUUUAUUUAACACAUCGAAUAAUAUAAUGGGAGAAUAUGAUUUAUAUUAUAGAAACACGUUAGGAUUGGAGAAUGACAACGAAAACAAGAGUAUUGUUAUUCCGUUUAUAAAAAAAAUAAAGAAUAUAGAAUAUGUAGAUAGUUUUGGAAAAAAACAAAAUGUACAUAUAUUUUUAAAUAACUUUUUUAGAAAGCUUACAUAUUUAUGUAAUAAGAAUAACAAUUAUGUAAUAAAUUCAUUUAUAUUGUGUGACAAUUUUUGUAACGAAGAAAAAAAAGAAAAUAAUUGGUAUGACGAAGAGUAUCAUAUAUCCUUAAAUAAAUAUAAUAACAUUUUAAAUAACUUCUUUACAUAUAUUUUCUAUUUAUAUAUUAUUAAUGAGAAGACAAAAAGUGAUGUUAUGAUAUUUAUUAUAAAUAAUAUUACUUCAAUUUUUUUUAUAUAUAUAAAUGAUAUAGUAAGCAUAAUUUCUAAUUUCUUAAGAAGAAAAAAAAAAACAUUGUUAUAUAUACAUGUUCCUUUUCUUCAAUUGAUAUUCCUUCGAAUUAUUUUAAGCAACUACUUUGUAUAUGAAAAAAGACAAGAGAAACUGGAAAAAAAGAGAAACAAAAACUGCGGAAAACAAACAAAUGAAUGUGACUUGAAAACAAAAAUGGAGAACUCAAAAUGUUAUAACACAUAUAAUGGGCAAGGAAAUAUAAAAAAUAUUUCAGAUAUAAACAAAAUGGGAAUAAAAAUUCAUGAAAAAUAUUUCUUUUAUUAUAUCCAUUUGAUUGAUUUAUUUAUAUGUUAUAUCAGUGUAAUGGUAAUAUGUAUGAUAAUGUUAAAAAAAUAUUAUCACUUUUUUGAAAACGUUGGUGUUGAAAUAGAUAAAGAAAAUAGUAUGCGAUUUGACAGGAAAGUUAACAAAAAUAAUAAGGAAGAUAUAUAUGGGCAUAAUAAAAGACAAACACUAAAAAAGUUAUUUGGAAUUUUACAUUUAUUUUUAAAAAAAAUAAAAAAAAUGAACUGGGAUGUUGAAAAUGUUUAUAAAAGAAAAACAACAAUCACAACAACUCUUUUAAAAUUUAUAAAAAAUAUUUAUUUGUGUAAAAAAAAAACAAAUAACAAGAUUCGAUUUAGUCGUAUGUAUAAAGGAAAUAGCAAAACAAAGGAACAUAUUGGAGUUGAAAAUGGUUUAUCUGAAGAAGCCAAUUUUUUUUAUAAAUAUAAUAAUGAAUGUACAAAUGAAUUGAUUGAAAAGAGAGAAAAAAAUGUAACAAAAAAAGGAAAUAUUACUUCAAAUAUUGAAAAAGGAAUAAAAAAUGAUAGUAAAAUAAUUGAAUCGGAUAAAAUAAAUAAUGAAAAUAGUUUACAAAAUAAAAAUAUAGAUCCUUUUGUUAGUGGAAUAGAUCAUCAAUCUAGUAUAAAAUCAUGUGUGUAUUUACAAAAACCAGACAGAUCAUCAUUUUCUGAAGUUUUAUUUGAACGUUUUUGUAUUAUUAAUAUAUUCCUUUCAAUUUUCGAAUUAUUAAUGAGCAAUUUUCAAAUCUUUGCAUAUAAAUCGAAUAUAUUUACUUGGAACAUACAUUUAAAAAAUGAAUGGGGGUUGAAGAAAACCAAAAGAAAACAAAUAUUGAAUCAGUUGCCUUCAAUAAAUAAAACAAAAAGAAGUUAUACUGGAAAUAAAUUAAAUGAUAAUUUAAAUAAUCAAACUAAAUCGAAUUUAAAAUAUGCAAAUUUUGUAUCUAUAGAUUAUAAUGGAGCAAAUAAAUAUACCCACAUAUUUUAUUAUAAAACAUGUAUAAUGCUUGGGGUUUUAGAAAAUAUAUCAAAUUUUAUAAAUAAAUAUUUUUUUCCUAAAUUAAAAUUAUUACUAUAUAAAUCAGCAUAUAAUGUAAAAAAUACACUAUUAACAUUUUUAUCGUUUCCAUUUUUUAUAAAUAAAAUAAAAACAAAAACACGUUUUAUAACAUGUGAGCAUUUCAUUGAUUCUCAUAUUUCCUAUUAUUACAACAAGGAGUUAUAUUAUAUUUGGAAAUUAAAUAAUUGUACUUAUAGAACGUUUAUUUUGUUUUUCAAUAAAUAUUUUUAUUCAUAUAAUAAUUAUAUGAAUGAUAAAAUAUAUCCUUAUAAAAACAAAUUAUUAAUGAAUAUUACAAAAAAUAAUUUAAAACUAGAUAUGACCUCAAAUGACAUUUGUGAUAGUACUGAGAAUAAAGAUAAUAUAUAUUGUGUAGAGAAUUUCAAAAGAAACGAGGUAUCAUAUAAUAUGUAUGAACAUAAUUUAACUCAAAAAUAUAAUCAGCAAAUAGAAAAUGAGAAAAACAUUUUGAUGAACUACAAAGUUAGUAAUACACAUGAUGAAAAAGUUAAUGAUGUAUAUGAAUAUACUAAUCGAGAAAAUCAGUAUAAUUAUAAUUAUAAAAAAUUUUAUGAUUUAUAUAAUAAUGGAUUUCGAAUUUGUGAAAAAAAUUAUUUGGUUUUACCAAAUGUCAAUAUGGAAAAAAAUGGUGCAGCUUAUAAUCGAUCCAACUUUUUAUUUAAGAAAUCCAAGAGCCAAGAUAAAUUGUUUACUUUUACAUCAAGAAUGAAUUUUUUUAAAAAGUUUAGAAGAAAUACUGAAGGAAAGGGAUAUUUAAUAAAAGAGAGACGUUCAAAUGACAUGGAUAGUAAUAAUACGUAUAUGAAUCCUAUGGGUACACACAAUACUUCAACUGUUUCUGAAAAAAAAAAAAAAAAAAAAAAAAGAGAAAAAAAAAGAAAGAAAAAAAGAAAGUAG